AUGAAAAACCAGCGCGAUAGGCUCCAUCAAUAUCAGAAGCGUAUUACAGUUUUGACGGAUCGCGAGACCGCGAUCGCGAAGGAAUGUCUCGCCCGAGGUGAUCGAAAGCGGGCCCUUCUUGCCUUGCGUCGUAAGAAGUACCAGGAGUCGCUUCUAACAAAGACCGAUGCUCAGCUAGCGCAAUUAGAGCAACUUACCAGCCAGGUUGAAUUCGCUCUUGUACAAAAGGAUGUUUUGUAUGGAUUGCAACAGGGGACGCAGGUGCUUCAAAUGAUCAAUAAAGAGAUGGGUGGCAUUGAAGGCGUGGAGAAUCUCUUGGGGGAGACGGAAGAGGCCCGGGCUUAUCAGGAGGAAGUUAGCCAAAUGCUUGCUGGGAACUUGUCUAAUCAGGACGAGGAUGAAGUUGAAGAUGAAUUGGAGGCCCUACAUCGCGAAGUACAGGGUCCAGUCAGCCUUCCCAAUGUCCCGACGGCGCCACCAGAAGUGGAGGCUCCAGACGAGGAGUUGGAGAAGCAGCGAAAGGCGAGGGUGAGGGCCCGAACAAGGGAACAAGCUGCGAUACCUGCUUCAUGA